AUGUGGUGCAAUUUUACUCAGAGAGCUGAGUUUUGUAAUCAUCCCGGUUGCCAUGUAAGCACCCAAGGCAAUAAUUUUUUAAACUUCGGCAUGCAAACGACUGAAGAAGAGCAGCUUGCCAGAAUACUACUUUAUCAGAACUCCUUGCUCACUCAAGUUGCCGCAAACAGCAAUCAAAUAAACAAAUGUCUAGAUCGCUUGAUAGACUGCACACAGAACAUGUCCCACAUUACUCCUCAGCCAGAUCCAAUAGAAAUUAGCACAAAUAAUUUCUCAACUGACUUCCCCCAUGCAUAUUGGAACAAAAAAUAGUAAAAUUUCAAUAUUUUGGGGAUUCUAGCCCCUUUAAAUUGGGAAAAAAUUCAUUAGGUAAAUUUUAUGGGUAAAAACAAUAAUUUUUAUAGAAUUAUUUUUACCUAAUUUAAUGGGAAGUGCAAGUAGAAUGCUAUAAACAGUUUUAAUACUGAAUCUAUUAAGUUUUUGAAUUAAUUCUUCAUAAAAAUAAAUUAAAAUUUAAGUAUUAUGCUCAAUUAAUAUUUUUUUGAAAUUUUAAAAAAUUGACCUCCUUUUCAUUGUGACAGAAUUUAUGUUCCAGUUUAAAAGGAGGCGUGAGCAACUUUUCCAAUGAAUGGGAUCAGGUAAAGAUUUCCAGUACUCAAUCCAGCUGGAAAAUCAACUGUCAUCAAAUAUUUACAAAGAAAGAGGGUUCUCCUUAACCCUUUCAGUAAGAAAUAAAGAUGGGCAGCGUAUAUCGAUCUCUGAAAGCCAAAAAUUCAAAGUCUUGAUCUUCAGCAUGGAUAAUCCUCCAAAAUUGCUUCAAUUAAAUAUAUCAGGGAAAAAGAUCUUAAGAGGGACAACAGAAGCGAGCAUGCAAGAAGACGGGACAGUUACUUUCAUCAAUAUUGUUAUAAAUGAAGUAACUUCACAUUAUGUUAAUGAUAGUUUUUAUCUUGUUGUAGUAUGCGAAAAUUCAAAUGAGGUAAAGCCUCUAGCCAUAAGCAAUGUGUGUGUGAAAGCCAGAAAGCCAAGUAAAGUAUAA